GUCAAGGACAAGGCCCAGCACGCCGUCAUCCUCGACAAGGCCACUUCGGACCGUCUCCAGAAGGAGGUUCAGUCCUACCGCCUCGUCACUGUCGCCACCCUUGUCGACAGACUGAAGAUCAACGGCUCCCUCGCCCGCCGUUCGCUCGCCGAUCUUGAGGAGCAGGGCCAGAUCAAGAAGGUCGUCAGCCACUCCAAGUGCCUCGUCUACAGUGCGUUUUGA